GUCGUUCUCAGUCUGCGCACAUAUUCCACUUGGCCAGCAUCACUUGGAGUCUACAGACACAGCGCUGAUUGAAGAGCGGAGGGGAGCUCAUUUUCAGAGCGCAUGACUGUGUUAGAGGGGCUUCAUUAGCCUGUGCCCCGGUCAGAGGCGGAGAGAGUGACAGUAAAGACAUUUCAACCACGGCUUUAACAGUAAACAAUCUAUUAAAGAGAAGCGUGGGGCUGUGGGAUUUUACCCAACUAGUCUUGCUUGACUUUUUCAAAGGGAAAGUGGUUUUAUUUUUAUCUUUGGGAAGAGGAAUUCUAUGGAAUCGAACAUCCGUGAGAUUCCGCUGCAUUACGCGUCUCUGUGCGUAAAAUAAAAGUUUAACACACCAAGGAGAUUACUGGAGAGGUUUGGGAGCUCAGAAAAAACUCCACACUACAUCCUCCGGGAAUUGUAAAGCUCAUACCGGACGCCCACCGGAGACGGAUAUUUAACCUUUCAAGGCGUUUUGUGGAAAGGCUCGCAGGCGGGUUGGUUUAAGGGAGAGCCGAGGAAUCUUGUUCGCUGAACCGGGAGGAGUGCGCGCAGCGCUGGGUUAGCAGACUUUCCCAAAGGACGGCGCCUCGGAGACAAGGUUAUGACGGAACUGAGCUGAACAUGGAGCUUUUCUGGAUUUUAUUAUUUUCUGGUGUCUGUCCUCUUGUCUGGGGCCAAGGAGUUUACGCUCCUGCCAAUGCCCAGAUUGUGCACGCAGGCGCAGCGUGUAAUGUCAAGGAUGAUAACAUCAGUGAAAGAAUCUACACCAUCAAAGAAGGAGACACACUAGUGCUUCAGUGUAUCGUUAAAGGACACCCACGACCACAGAUACGGUGGACAAAGACGGCAGGCAGUGCAUCAGACAAGUUCCAGGAAACCUCUAUCUACAAUGAGACGCUGCGCAUCGAGGGCAUCCAGAGGGUGCAGGGGGGUCGCUACUACUGCAAGGCCGACAACGGGGUGGGGGUGGCUGCCAUCAAGUCCAUCCGCGUAGAUGUGCAAUACCUUGACACACCAGUUCUGACCGUGCACCAGACCAUUAGUGACGUGCGUGGCAGUUACUACCAGGAGAAGACGGUGUUCCUGCGCUGCACCGUCAACUCCAACCCUCCCGCAAGAUUCAUUUGGAAACGUGGGAGCAUGCUCAUCGAACAGAGCAAGGACAAUGGGGUGGACAUAUACGAGCCCCUUUACACUCAGGGUGAGACCAAGGUGCUGAAGCUGAAAAACCUAAGACCCAAGGACUUUGCUGAUUACACCUGCCAGGUGUCUGUCCGCAACGUGUGCAACAUUGAAGAUAAGUCGGUCACCUUCAGGCUCACGAAUGCUACCACUCCCCCAAUGAUCCGCCUGUCAGUCAAUGACACCGUGGUGGUGGAUCCUGGCCAAGAUGUGCUUUUAACCUGCGAGGUGAUUGCAGGUUUCCCCCUCCCCACUGUGAUGUGGUCACGUUACCCCGGCCCCCUUCCCCUCAGCGCCCAAGUUCGAGGGGUGACGCUGACCCUGCGGGCCGUCACGCCAGCUGACGCAGGCUUCUACAACUGCACGGCUGUCAACAAUGUGGGCAACCCCGCUCGCAAGAACAUCAAUCUGGUUGUCAGGACAAUGAGCAACUUGACCUUCCAAAUCACACCAGACUCCAACAAGGACAGCGAGACAAUCCAAAUGGGUCGGGACCUCAAGUUGUCGUGCCAUGUCGAUGCUACCCCGCAGGACAAAGUCAACUACACCUGGUACAAGAACGGUGCGCUUGUUUUCAACUCGGACAACCUGAUCUUGCUGCGCAGCGACCCAGACAUGGCACCUGGCACCAGCAGCUUGGAGAUUGUGGACAUGAAGUUCAGAGACUUGGCUACCUACAGCUGUGUGGCCAACUUCCCAGGCAGCAGGGUCCCAGAGCUUCGUGUGGACGUUAACAUCUCUCAGAACAGUGUCUCUCCUCCAGUGCUAGCAGUUCCACCAGGUGGUCAGGUGGUCAAUGUGCGAGAAGGAGGUAACGCCGAGCUGGUGUGCUUAGUGCUAGAUGGGAAACCACGUCCACCUAUUCUCUGGUCGCGGGCAGAAAGGGACCUGCUAAUGCCAUCGGGGAUGGCCGUGGUGGAGACACCUGAUGGCCGCUUGAGGCUAAAGAACGUCAGCCGGGACAUGAUGGGGCCAUACCGGUGCCAGACCGCUCAGUACAAUGGGCUUAACAUCAAACGCAGAGAGGCACAGGUCCAGCUCAAUGUGCAGUAUCCUCCUUUGCUGAGCCCCGUCUUUGAGGACAGGCGCUCGAGGAACUUUCAGAUGGUGACCCUGAGGUGUACGGUCCUGCGCUCCAGCCCACCACGUCUAACUGACAUCCGCUGGUUUCGUAAUGGUGAAUUAAUCCGUAUGCCCAUGCCCGACCUGAAGGAGACACCAGAGCUGAAGUUCAAGCUGGAACCCACCAACAACGGCACUUAUGAGUGCCGAGUCAGCAAUAGUGCAGGAACAUCAACGUGCACAUUUAAUGUCUCUGCACAGCCCUACAAUGCUGAGUUUUACUUUGACACACCCAACCCAGUCCGGAUCCUGAAAGGAAACAACUAUUCCUACAACCUGCAGUGGACACAGAAAGAUCCUCAGGCCACAGACCUUAUCAUAGGUUACUGGAUUAAUGUGCGAAAGAACAAGCAGAACCUGCUGUCGAAGCAGAUAGACCUCAAGGGUAAGGAGCCAGAGAGCGGUGUGCUGAUGUCUAACGUCAUUUCAGACCUGAGAAUCCCUCUGUCCUACGAGGUCCGACUGGCCCCCAUCACCACCUACAGCACUGGGGAAUACAUCAGUCGAAUCAUCCAGUAUUCAGAACCCUACACCUACCCGAGACCUUCAGAUCAUGUUUGUGGUUUUGAGGACGAGCGCAUCUGUGGUUUCUCUCAAGAUCGUAGCGAUGUCUUUGACUGGACGAGACAGAAUCACCUGACGCAGAAUCCCAAGCGAUCUGCUAAUACUGGCCCCGAGACUGACCGCAGUGGAACCAAGGAGGGUUACUACAUGUACAUUGAAGCAUCAAGACCUCGUGUUCAGGGAGACAAGGCCCGUCUGCUGUCUCCACUGUUCAACGUGACCUCAGUCAAGGGACCGAAGGGCUCCGGCAGGGUCCCGUACUGCGUCUCCUUCUACUACCACAUGAAGGGCAAACACAUCGGGACUCUCAAUGUGCUCCUGAGAGUGAGAAGCAUCGCCUCUGUGGACUCGGUGGUAUGGACGAAGUCUGGUCAUCAAGGCCCCGAUUGGAAGAAAGCAUUCUUUGACAUCAGCCCCAGUGGACCCUUCCAGAUUGUGUUUGAAGGAAUUCGAGGGCCGAGUUUCGAGGGGGACAUCGCCAUCGAUGACGUGUCCAUCACCAUAGGGAAGUGCAAGCAGGAACCGAACACUGUAGGCAGUGCAGGUAAGACAGUUCUGAUUGGUGGAUCACACCCGCUCUCACUGGCCACCUGGCUGACCUUUGGCCUCUCCUGCUUCCUGUUGCUGCUCUACAGAUGAUGAGCACUUCUCACAGCGCCACCUGUCUGUGCUAACAGACACUGCCCUGACUCGCGCUUUUACUGCUCUUUCUUCUUUCUCUUUGCCUUCCCCCAUCAUUUCCUCUACUCCUCGCCUGUCUGUCCUCUUCACUUGCUGUCUUUCAACUCUCCUUCAUUUCAUUCUUCUUUCUUAGAUAAAUGGUAACGCAAACUGUUUGUCUAACUUUUCCUCUGCUUUCGUUGACACUCAGUAUAACCAACUGACACUCAUACUGUAUUUAAGGUACUUACAUACUUAAUGAUCUUUGACAGUGAAACUUCAUGCUCUCUUCUCUAUUACGCUGAUUAGAUUCAUGUUAUCCAUGACAGUGUGUCAUCUUCUCCUCUCCUUCAUCAACCCUCUUCAUCCAUAUAUGCACCUUCUCAUGUAUCUCCGCUCCCUCGACCCGUAAUCCUCAACAUCCCCGUGCCCUAUUCCCUAGACACACCAAAGUGUCGGACACGCUACCAAAGAUGACAAAGAACCAGAGGGAAUAAAACGAGGGAACAGGGAUUCCAGGAAGAAAGUGAACAAGAGAAAGUGGGAAAAAUCCUUCCUUUUCAAAGAAACUGUCUCCCUUCCACCCCAACCUUUGGGACCGGGGGGAGCUCCUUAAUGACAAAGAGGCAGAUGAAAAAAAACUGAUGAAUGAUUGAAUGCUGAGGAGAGGGCGACCCACAAACAGAGGGAGGA